CAGCAUUUUUUUUUUCAUAGUUAAAGCGACCUGGGACGGUUAUAUGACCAUCUCUCACUUUUGCCAGAGGACUCGUACACACGUGCGUAAUUCACUAGGUCACUGAAGCAUGUCACAUAAAUAAACAAAUGCACGAGAUGGUACAUUUGUAAAUAACUCAUCACAUUGAACGGAAGAGGAGUUGGACAAAGGAUCGCAGAUCGACAGGGAUGUUCACUGAUCACAUGACCAGCAGAUGUUACCAUGCUCCUUUGUUUGAUGGUCUGAUAGAUAUUCAGAGUUUCUGAUGGAGAGAAUCAAAUGUGUAUCAGCUACAUGUAGGUCAUAAUUCCCAGCAUGGAACAAAGCAUUUCAUCUCGAGUAACAUUCCCAGAAAGACCUAUGUCCUACAGUUAAAAAAGAAAAAAGAAGAAAAUGGAGGAAAAUAUGGACGUUCCUGUGGAUGGUGAUGUUUUACGGGAUGAGGUAAACUUUAUUCACAAUGUGUCACAGUUCUUUAAUCAGGAGGCACUAAGUGAUGUACAACUGAAAGUUGGAGAGAGCAUUUUCUUUGCUCACAAAUUUGUUCUGGCAAAGUCUAGUGAUGUGUUUCGAACCAUGCUUUAUGAGAGUCGCUGGUCUCAGGAAAACAUGAAGGAAAUCGAACUCAGUGAAACAAAAGAAUGUCAACCUGUGUUUGAAAAAUUCCUGAAAUUUCUCUAUACAGCUGAAGUUGCAGUUACUGUGGAAACAGCUGUUGGAAUUUUGUGCUUGGCAGACAAAUAUAAUGUCACCUCCCUAAAACGACUGUGCACAAAUUACAUGGUGGAGUACGCCCGAUCUCCAGAAAUUAAAAAUGCUGUGCAGUGGUACCCCUGGUCCAAAGCUCUAGGACUGACAGACCUGAUUGAUCAGUGUGCAAAAACAAUAGCCUGGAACUCUGACAACCUUCUGAAGCUUGAGGAAUGGAAGUCCAUGGAUUUUGAUUUUGUGUAUGACAUGUUAAAGAACUCAGAACUGGUCAUUCCCAAUGAAUAUGUGUUGUUUAAUUCACUCCUCACCUGGUUAAACCAUGAGGCUAAUCUGCCACAAUUAAAAGAAAAUGCAGCGAAGUUGCUUCCCUUGAUUCGGUUUCCACAGAUGAUGGUCAGUCAGUUAUACGAGAUAGAGAACUCUGCAAUAUCAGAGAAAGAGGAAUGUAAAGCCCUAAUUCUGGCUUUGGUUGGAAAAGCAUACAGAUUCCGAUCUCUUUGUCCCACCCAGGUGGAGCUUAACAUCUCGUUCAGCGAUCCAUUUUACAUGCCUAGAAAUUACACUGACUUGGCAGUGGAUACUGUUAGAAUGCAGAACACUCUACGCUUUGGAAUUCAGGUGGAUGUGAGGACUUAUGCAGGACCAGUACCGACAGAUAAAAGAGAAGGAGAGUGGAAAAUCACGUAUCGCAAAAAUGGAGACAACUGGACACUUCAGAUCUUCUGCCACGAUUCAGCAACAGUGAAUGGGGAGGCGAGGGUCCAGGCAGCUGUUAUAGUAUUUGAUGAAGAGGAAAAUGUUAUUCAAGUGGAACAAGUUCCCACAUACACUUGUUCCCGUGGCAACCAUUUGGCCUUGAACAUCAAUGUGGAUAAUUUUGCCGACUCCAAAGUUAUGGCUGUCAUUCUAAAGCCAGUGCCAAUCUAACUUAUUUAAUCAUGUGUUUCAGUCAAUCUCUGACAUUUUACUACAUUGUAUUGGCCCUUACACAUAUCUGUUGUAUCGAGUGGAAAUUCAUGGGUAUUUUACUGUAUUGAUCAUGUAUUUAUAACUAUGGUGUUAGAUAUGGAAUAUAUGUGAAUUACUUUUUGUGCAGUAUUACUACUGGUAUUAUGUAUUUGACCAUUUGUGAUAAUAUUAUAUAUAUAUAUAUAUAUACUAGGGAUGUCAAAAUAUUUAUUUUCCUUAGUCGAUCAUUCGAUUGCAUUAUUCGAACGAUAGUCGAAUAUUCGGAACAUUUUCUGAAAAUAAAAUUUUAUUUCAUACUUCUUUGGUACAUACUCAGAAACCUUUUUACUUAAAUCUAUUUAAAAAGUAACAUCAAAAUUAAUGCAACGUAACGCGUGGAUAGCAUGAUUCUAUGAAAUAAAUUUAGAAAUCUAAUUCUUCAAAAUUUGUUAUUUCCCCAUGAAUAGAAUUCAUAAAUCGGCCUGUACAUGCGGUCAUUUUUUUUAUCUAGUAAGCAUUAAAAAAUUGCCAGCCGAUAUUUUUUAAACCUUAUU